CUAUUCUCCACGAUGAAGCAAUAGCAAGUUAUCCGGUACAUAGAAAGAUUCUUCUUCAGGAUCUUCCAUUAAUCCAAAAGACAUUCAGUAGCACAAGGAAAUAAGUGUGACUUUUUUUUACAAUGGCUACAAAUGAGAGGGGACAUCAGAAGGUUGGUUUUUUCGACUGGCUGGUUAAGGAGAUCAGCAGUGGAAAGUAUAAGGGGUUAUACUGGCUCGAUGAGAACCACACCACCUUUCGUAUCCCUUGGAAACACCAUUCAAGGAAGGACCUUGUGGAUAUGGAUUAUAAGAUUUUCCAGGCGUGGGCCAUGUUCAGUGAAAAGUACAAUGAAGGUAUUCGAAACCCAUCCAGAUGGAAAAUCAACUUCCGCUGUGCCAUGAUGAGUACAAAGAGAUUUGAAGAAGUCAAAUUGAAUAACCCCGACUAUCACAUGUACAGAAUCAUCCCACCAAAAUCCAACACCAAGGCAGCUGCCAACUGCCCUGCUAAUACGAGCAGUGCGAGUGACCAUGAAGAUGAUCCAUUGCAUAUCAGCCCAUACAGUGAAAGAGCCCCAACUCUAUUCCAGUCUAAACCACCACUGCAGCAAGAUAUAAAUACUGCCUUUAAAACUCUGUCAUUAGAAAAUCCAGUCCCAGUGCCAGAUGGGAACACAGCGGAAAACCUCAACGAGCCCGGAGGUGAUCUACUCCAUUGUAUUAUGCAGCAAGCCAACCUGAAUGCACCAUUCUCAUGGUCUCCUGCUCCAGUUGCUCAUUCUAUAGGGGAAGCUUCAUAUGAGCAAAGCAGUGUGUAUGCAGUCCAAAAUAGCUGCCUACUACUAGGGAAUAGAACAGUGACUGAACCAGUGGCGAUUAAUGGUUAUGAAGAACCUUCCAGGUGGCUGGCUGAAAACACGCCAAAUGUGGGUUCCCAGGCGGCCGUCCCUCUUCCACUGCAGCAUGCUCAGCAAAACUCUCAAGACACAAAUCAAAUUAACCCUGUGGCAGAAGUCCUCUACAAUAAUGGCUGCUUCAUUGAAAAUAUGUUCAUGAAUGAAGAGCCUCAGGGUGACGAGGUGAUGAACAAUGCCACAAGGAACAACUAUCAGCCAACAGGCCAGCAAGUUAUGAUGCAGCAGAACAUAUUUGCACACUCAGUUGUCGCCCCAAUAGAACAACCCCCAGUCAUCAUUGCUCCACCACACAACAACUCAGCAGGAACAAACCCUCUUAACCUACAUGUCUCUAUCUACUACCGAGGGAAGCUGCUGGAUGAAUCUGAAGUGAACAUGAGCAGUUGCAUGUUCACCUCCAACUACUGUCAUCACAACUACGAUGUGCUCGACAGCCUGCAGAUAAUAAAGUUUCCAACCCCGGAGAACCUGCCUGAUCAGAAGCAGGUUCAGCACACCUUGACUCUGCUGCAGAAUGCAGGUCUACUACUUUAUCAGAAGAAUAAUAAGAUCUGUGCCAAGCGUUUUGGUAAAUGUAAGGUCUUCUGGGCCUUCUCCAAGCAGCUGGAUAACAUGACUGAGCAUCCUGAACCCAGAGUGUUGCCACGGGAGGAAGACACCGAGAUCUUCAGCUACGAAAAAUUUGUGCAAGAGCUGAAGGAUUUCCGGGAGAGUCGCCGUUCUUCCCCUGACUACACCAUCUACCUGUGCUUUGGCCAGUGUUUUUCUGCUGCCAAACCUAAGGAGUCCAAACUAAUCUUGGUGAAGUUGGUGCCAAAGCUUUGUAAAGACUGGCAUGAAAGGGCGCAAAGAGAAGGAGCUUCGUCCUUGAACAGUGAAUGCAGCUUACUAUUCUCCAACAGCCUACCUGAGAUGAUGGAAUAUCUAAGUAGCAUCUUUAUGUAGACUGAGGAGGCACCUUGAGGGCUCUGUUCCCUGUCAACAGCUGAAGUAGUAGGACCUUGUGUUUUGAGAAGUGGGAGGUGGUGGCUUUCCCCGUUCGGCUUACACAAAGUAGUAUAAUUCAAAACCACUUUAUCAGGUCUGAGUAUUUGGUCAGCCUACGUCACUUGUGCUAAUAGUAGGGCUACCAUUAAUCUGAGGUGAGAACUGCAUGUUGUCACACUACAGGGACACAAAUAGAAAAUGGCGUCCUUCCUAGUAGCCAGUUGGAACUCUCCCCCAUUACACAGCACCAUAUUAUGAACCCCACCACACCCCUGCCAGUGGCAGCUGGUGGUAUGGUUUGGAAGUGAGGGGACUCUUACCGUAGGAUCUUGUCAUGGGGCCAGCACUUUUGGACAUUCCAUGGGAGAUCCUGGCAACAGGAAUACAACUAAAUCUAUUUCAUGUAUUUUGCCGGCUCCCCAUAAUGUAUAUGCAUUCCAGACUGAUUAUCCAAAGGUUUGGGAUGUUACCCUUUCUCCUUGCAAGUGAGUCUUAACUUCUCAGAUCUGCCUGGGAUGGGAUACUGAUCAGGGCUGUGUGUACUCCACGCUUAAAAAGAAAAAAUAAUUUUACACCCUGCAACCCAAAGGCAGGGACAAGGCAAGUUUGCCACAUUUGCAGAAGUUGUUCAGGCUUUGCUAGCGGCGGGGGAAGUCAGGAGAUUGCCGCCCAGCUCCUGACCCCUGGGAACCAUAACUCUGCCUCCUUCCUGGUUUCUGACAUCUUGGCAGGCACACUUUCUACUAUAGCAGGGGUGGGGAACCAAUUGUGUUACAGCUCUCAUCAUCCCUGACACUGGCCAUGUGGGCUGGGGCUGAUGGGAGUUGAACUCCAACAGCAUCUGGAGGGUCACAGAUUCCCAUCCCUGAACUACAUCUGCAUAGCAAAAAAAAAAAAAACCUGAAAUGAUGAAAGCUGCUGUUCUCGAGAAGCAGAGUUCUGUGCCCAGCAUCACAUUCUCCUGCUAGCAGACUGUGGAACACACACACACACAGCCCUGGUUAUGAUGGUUGUUCAGGUGGAAGAAGACCUUCUUUUUGUGCUGAUCUCUUCCCUCAGCCCAAGGCAGGUAGCUGCUUCUAUUGCCAUUUCUCUCUUUCCUCUCCCCCACACCUUUGUGUAUUGUGCACAAAGAUUAACGCAUCUUUUGGUGCAGAUUGUGCGAGUAUUUUACUUCACAGUAAAUUUGGCCCUGCUACAGGGGCCAAGAGCUUGUCGGGUGCAUGGAGUGGGCCAGCCUGGACUUUGCUACCUGGUGAAGCCAAAGGGACACACUUGGGUUUUGCCUCUAUACAUGAAGCCUGACAAUAUUAUUAUUAUUAUUAACUGCAUUAGUUCAACUGCAUUAAGUUUGAGGAGGCACAAUGCUACUGAGACUGCAGCCCCAAUCCUUUGCCGAGACAAACAGAGCAGUCAUGAGGUCUCUCUCUAGAGCCAUCAGGGUGUGACUUAAGAGUUCUGUGCAUCCUUUGCAGUCUUGCUGAGAUACAGGCUCAGAGAUGUGCAUGCCAGCAUCCCCUGUGAUGGGGUAUACCCAUCACAGCAUCCAGUAUCAGAGGCAGUAAGCCUUUAUGCACCAGUUGCUGGGGAACAUGGGUGGGAGGGUGCUGGUGUGGUGUCCCUGGUCAACCACUGUGUGAACAGAGUGCUGGACUAGAUGGACCCUUGGUCUGAUCCAGCAGGGCUCUUAAGUGAUGGGGACAGUUUGAUGCCCCUCAGGAAACCACCUGUGUAGGUCAAAGCACAGACUGACUUCGUAGUCCCUGCCAUCUGCCAUAUGGACUGCAAUGAUUACAUAUGGUUAAUGGGUACAAUUCCCUUAUGUCAGGGGUGGGCAAUUUGUGGCCCUUUGAUGUAUGAGUCCCAUCAGCCCUAGCUAGCAUUCUGGGAUGAUGGGAGUUGUAGGCCAAAUACCUGGAGGGCCACAAGUUACCCACCCCUGGCUUAAGUGGAAGCUGUGCCAGUUUGUCCCAGUACAAGAGGCUUGGUCUAGGGGAGGGUGUCCGAGUGCUGCUGCUCCUCAUAAACCUGGCAUGAAAAAGCACUGGGGGUGUGGCAGGGCUCUUGCUGACUGAGGAAGGGAGCCCUACACAUGAGGAGAGGAAGGUUGGAUCCUUGCUGUCCUCCUUACCCUUUGCAUGUGGAAAUGCAGCUGUGUGCAGAACCCUGAUUUUUCCAGGGCUCUAAAUUUCUGGGAGAAGCGCUGCAGCUAGGGGGCAGCUCUGGUCUGCAGGCACCCCGUCCUCUGUGCAUAGGGAGGGGGGGUGGACCCUGCAUGCUUAUCCCUGCUCCCUCUCCCGUGUAGAGCUUACACAGGAGGAGGACACCUGUUGCUUAGUUUAUUAGAAAUGAACUUGUCGAGUGGAUGCUGGCAAUUGCAUUCCCCACAUCUGAAUCUGAUGUGGGAGAAGAGGGCAAGAGAUUAUUAGGUUACCAUGUAGAUUAUUAGGUUACCAUGUAGCUACAUGCACACUAUUAUAGCCAGUUAAUUAUUUUAGAUAUGGAGUGGUAUAUAAAUAUUGUAAAUAAAGAAAUGAUUGAAAAUGGGAUCUAAGCAAGGACGUGUACAAGUAGAAAUCUCCUCUUAAGGGCGGGGAAUGGUAAAGCUGCCGACUGCUUUAGAGGAUUCACUCCAUUUCAGAAUAUUGAAGCACAAUAGAAGGUUCCUUGUAGUCGUUUGUCAUUUGACUAUGGGUUGGAUCCAAUGGGGUUCUGGCCCAGGCCUGCUGGCCCUGGUGCAAGUGGCUGGCUCUGCCGGCGCCUCACUCACAGCCCCUACCACCUGCGACUGCUAUGCCGUACUUCCGGGGGCGAGCUCUGAAACGAGCGGAAACCUGUUUCUGGGAGGGAGUGCAACCUACCCCUUCCAGAAACGGUUUGGCGCUUGCCCCCGGAAGCGCUACAUCGCGGACACCGGUGGUGGGGGCUGUGUGUGUGCACCACCACCAGGGCAUUUUUACCCAAUGCAAAUUAGGGUCAUUGGCAUUGGAAAAUCGUUAGGAAGCACUCUAAUUUACUAAAUACAAGUAAAAUAAACAAAGCUUAAAGUACCCCAUGGGGUUUUUUUUUUGGUCCCAAUACAAGCAUUUGAGAUGAAAUAUUUGGUUGGGGUUGAUAUAAAGCAUACUUAAGGCACAAUGCUGCAUAUUGUUGUGGCCUUGAUGUGAUUUAAGUGUAAUAUUAUGUAGACUUUUUUAUUGGAAUACUUGUAAAAAUGUAAAAACAAUAGCAAUAUGCUUCCCUUGCAUUGAUUAAAUGUAAGGAAGAAACAAAGGUCCUGAAAACCAAUGACACACUAAUUCAGCAUUCCAGAUGCUUUGUAUUUUUAUUCUGGUGGUUCUUUUUAUAUUGUAUUGUGUAUUUGUGCUUUUAACCUGUUGGUUGUCUUACUAUGAUUUUAAUUUUUGUGAACUGCCCAGAGAGCUUCGGCUAUUGGGCGGUAUAGAAAUAUAAUAAAUAAAUAAAUAAAUAAAUAAACUCCCAGCAUCCUUAAUUCAAUAUGGUUGUCUGGGGAUACUGGGAGUUGUAGGCCAGCACCAAUCACCUGAAAAAACAUUAAUUACAACUUUUAAACUGACAAAUGUGCCUUAUACUAUAUUUGCUGUUGGCAUUCAUUUAUUGUUAUUUAUGAAACAAAAUUUUCCAGUGGAAAAUUUUCUGCCCUGCAUCACUGGUGCUGCAGAAUUCCCCCCUCCUUUCAUCUAUACCGUAUAUUGGCAUGAAUUCUCUAAGUUAAUAAGCAGUCAAUAAGAAUGCUUGCCUUAUACAGUGUAUUAUUUAUACACAGGGUCUGUAUUACCCAAAUGGGGAGGUCUGCCUGCUUCUCACUAGGGCUAGCUAUUUUUUUUAUGGCCUGAUCAUCUUAUAAAGGAAAUCGUCCAUUUAGAGACAAUAUACCCAUCACUUAGCAGGUCAAGCCUACCUUCCAGUUUAGACUGCUCUGAUGUCAAAACCUCUGAUAUCUCCAGAAGCCCUGCUGGCAGGGCAGACAUACAGAAGGAAUAGCACUCAACGCCGUUCCUCCAAUUUUGUUUUGUUUUUUAACUAUUGUCCCUUCCAUUGUAAGCAAUGGGAGGGAGAUUUGUUUAUGCCGGCUGGCAAAAGUUCUCCCCCAUGUUGGGGGCGUGAGGACUUUGGAUCCUGUGGCUCCAAAGCCGCCUCCCAUCCACCCACACCACAAGCCCCCAAUCCUCCCCCUCUCUGAUGCCUGAGUGGUAAGCAAUGCAGAUGCUUUCCCAGCAGGCAGGGGAUCUAAGAUCAGACCUCCUCCUCAGGGGCCAAAGGAUAGCAGCAUAAAGAAGCCAAAAUCAGUGGUAAUGUAAAAACAGAUCAGAGGCUAUGGAGAUCACCAAAUGCCACCUCCUUUUUGCCCCCAACAUGCAAAGGCUGCCUUUAGGGGGCCAUCUUACAAAAGGACAGGAGCUGAAGAUUCAAAAUAACAUUUUGGUUGUUUCUGUCUCAAAUUCAGUGCUUUACUGGGAGUGUUCUUGAUUGGUUAAUAAUACCCGCAGGCAGUAGGCUGCAUUCAACUUCUGUGUGACCUGUUUGAAAGCCAAGCUUUGAUAUUUACAAUUCAAGUGAUCAGAGUUGCUUUCAGGGAAUACCCUACAGGCAUCUGAUAGAGUUCAACCGCUGAAGCAAAGAGUCUCUAGCCCUGAGCCGUGCCUGGACGUGAGAUUUGUCUGGGAACUAGCUGUAAGCUGCCAAGAUCCUUUUCAGGAAAAUGCUCAAGUAUCAGGGCAAUUUAACAUAGGCCCCCUGUAACACUUGUCUUCCAUCGAUAUAUAGAAUGAAAUCUUCAUAUUUGGAGUUAAACUCCAAACAUGAUGUAUUCCCAGUCCGUCCACAUAGUGCACGAGGUUGAAAAGCAAGGAAGCUUUUGCCUCUACAGUUUGUUUCAUUUCACUUUUCUAGGAGAGGAGCCUGUUAUUUUUGCUUCACAUUCCAUACUGGAUCUGCAUGCAGUAAAAUGAUGUGCAUGUAUCAUGCUCAUGGAAUCUUGUGCUGGAUGCUACCUAUAACUCAGAAGCAGCAUGGCUCUCACGAAUCAGGUUUAAACGCAAGUGAAAUGAAAGGGCUGUAGAGCUGUGUUCACUCCCAGUAAUAACAUUACUUUUUCUAUACACAGAGCUAGAAAUAGUGUUCAAUGGGGCUUACUCCCUAGUAGGUGUGUUUAGGGUUGGGGGCCUUAUUCUAUAAGGGACCGCAAGGCAUUGUUUUGUCUCUUUUGUAUACAUUGUACAGAUGUAUGAAUUUGCUAGAUUCAUAAGCAGUCAAUAGGAAUAUUCACCUUACAUAAUCAAAAUGUUACAUAUGUAAUACAUACAGCAUCUGUAUCAUCCAAAUGGUAGUGCCUUGCAGUAGGACUAGUUAUUUUUAUGGCCUGAUAGUUUUGUUGGGAAUCUGUUGACUAUAUAAUAAUACACUGUAUAAGGCAAACACUUCAAAGCUGACACACCCUCUAAAAGAAAUCACGUGUAUAGUUUCAAUGGUAUUGUAAGGAGGCAGAGAGCUUGUUUCAUAUGUAAACCAGAUGUUUCCUCUUAUUUAUAUGGUAUAGUUCAAUUUUAUAUUAACACUUGUGUCCUCAACUCAGAGAACAAGAAAUGGAAUGUGUGUGUGUUUAAAUGGGGCUGUUUGUACAUAACAACAACCCAUUAGUUUAAAAAACAGUGUGGGUUGUUGCGGACACAUGGGUGUGCUGCCUCCAGCACGCUCAUCUCUUCCACAUUGCUGCAUUUUGUCAACUCCGCCGUGGGUUGCUGAGCAUGACAUCUGAACAUGGACCGCUGGGUUGCUUAAGGGUUAAACAGCCCAGCACCUAUCCCAACAACAAAUGGUUUGGAUGUUGCACUCCAUAACUUACGAGGCAGCUGAUUGUGGGUUGCUGAGUAAAAGCAGAAGAGGUGGGUGCACUGCAGGCAGCAUGCCCAUUCUCUCCUGCCUGUUCAUGGGGGUCUACAUACAACCAGGUCAAUGAGAACUUACAGGAUUUGGGGUUUAUCCAAACAAAGGUUGCUAAAUUCUGGGUUGCCAUAUAAACCAUGGGUUGUUAACCAUGAAUCACCCACAAAAUGUUGUUUAAACCAUGGAUUGUCGUUACAUGUGAACACAGAAUCAUGGGUUGCUUCACCAGGCUAUGGAGGUGGCAGGGAAGAGUGGUUAAAAAACAAAAUACCAACCACUCUGCAUGCUAGUACUGCAAAGGUAUUUGGAAUAUUGGGAGGGAAUGGGUGAAAGAGGAGGGAAACAAGCUGGGGCUUGAGAAAACAAACCAGGGUUUGUUCAAUUUUCUUCUAGACAAAUCCUGGGUGUGGCAACAAUCCAUGGGCUAGUGUUAUGUGCAAAGCAGAUCUAAAUGUAAUUGCUUGGUCACAUGAUGCUGAGUUAGCAGCUUCCUGUGGGAAGUAUGAAGUCAAUUGGACUCCUUACAGUUGCUUACAUAAGCUUCCUGUUUAUAAAGCUUGUUUUGAUGGUAGGGGUUAUUUUUUUACUUUAUUUACAUUUUUUAGAGUCUGGUUCAUUGGGAAAGAGCAGAACCAAGAAUCUACUGUGCUUGUUCUUUUUCCCCAUAAUCUUUUCAGCUAAGUAUGAAUGUUUCAAAACCUAGUUUCUACUUGAGUUGUGACCUGAAAGUUAAGUCCUAGCUCAAGACUUUUGUAUGUGGGCACACUAAUUUCCUUUGUGUACAUUCCAAGUAACAAGAAUUUGUGUACAGCACGAAGACAAAUCUCUUAACAUUUCUGUAACUUAUGGACUCACUGUACUGUGGCAUCAUGUACACAUACACCUUGUAUCUGUGCAAAUAAAUAGGCAUUCCAUAAUG